GUCUGUAUGAAAUGCAUCAGACCUAAAUCAGCUUUCCACCCUGCUAACAUCCUAGUGGCAACUCUUACUCCUACCCGCAGUAUGGGAUUUUAAGAUCAAAGGAAUUAGACCUAGGGCAAAAACUGAGACAGCAGGGAGGCACUGUAACAACUGGAAAGUUUUCCAAAUUGGUAAACUUGCAGUAUUCUUUCUGUACAGAAGUAAAAGAUCCCCUAUGUCCCUAUGGAUAUCAGGAAGGAAAAGCGUCUCAACAUGGCACUUCAGAUGAGCAAUUUCAAAAAGGCUUUGAACAGGUUUGAAAAAUUGGUUGAACAAACAGCAGCCCAGAAAAGAGAUGAAAGAGCAGGCUUAUUUAUCCAUAAAGAAGAUGCAAUUGGUUAUGACAAGUUUUAUGCAUCGGUACAGAAGCUCUUUGGUCCAGAUGUGAAGAAUCAAGAUGUGAAACGCUUUUACAGGAAACUGUGCAACAACAUGGAUGCAUCUGCAGACUGGUGUGAGAUCUUUGGAUACUUCUCCUCUGAAGAAGAUCCUAUUGCUUCCCAGUUGGAUGAAGAAAAUUUGGUUUUCUUUGUGUCUAGAAAAAGGCGAAUUUUAAUUUCAGGUAGUAGAAGACGAGAUGUGAUUAAGAGCAUUGUCAAGAUACCUCACCUGGAUUUACUAAUAACAGCUACUCAGAAAGGAUUAAUAACAGUUUUUAAUAACCAGAUGAGAGUUCAGACCAGCACCAAUGUUACAGACACCUCCUGGAUUACAGGGUGUGAUUACCUCUUGCAGCUGAAACGAAUCGUAGCCACAACCGAAAGGACCAUUAUUGUCUGGGAUUAUAAAGCUCAAGGGAGCAGCCAGGACAAUUAUUUUGUCAUAAAGCCAAUGGAUCACUGCCUCCUGUGUGUGUGUGUGGUGCCUUUGCCUGACCAUCUCUGCCGAGAUGACAUCCUCUUGGGGGAUGAUGGGGGUUUUGUGAACAGAUUCACAGUCAACAGUGAUGACUUUGGAAUAAAGCAGGCAAAAUCCAAAAGAAAAUUACAAAAUCAGGUCUUAGACUCAAAGAACUUUAAAAGUGUUAAAAGGAAGCUACAUAAUGACUGGGUUAUGAAAAUUAGAUAUAUUUCAGCCCUAAAUUGUUUUGGAUCCUGCUCUUUAGACAGUAAUCAUUCAUUAGUUUUGGAAUCCUUGAAGAGACUCGAGGAUAAUUUGCCUGUCAGAGAGUUUUCCAUGCCAAGAGGAGCCAACACUUUUUGCUACUGUGUUAAGGCAAAUGUGAUUGUCACUGGAGGAGAUGAUAAAGUCAUCCGGUUGUGGCACCCCAAUAUCAGCACCAAGCCAGUGGGGAAACUUGUGGGACAUAUGUUCAGUAUCACCGAGAUCGUAACCAAUGAAAAAGAUCAACAUGUGGUCAGCCUUUCCUCUGCAAAGGUUUUCAGGGUGUGGGAUAUACAAACUCUUUCACUAUUACAAGUCUUCCAUGACAGCCAGGGAGGACCAGGAGACAUGCAGAUUUACUCUAUGAUAUAUGAUGCCAAUCAUGGCAUGCUUAUUACGGGAUCUAGUGUUAUGGACAUGUAUCCUUUGACUAGGAUGAUACAAGAUACAAAACAGGUUCCUCACACUCAUGAACGAGAAAUCAAUGUCAUGCUUUACAACAAAUAUUUUCAUCAGGUACUCACUAUCUGCUCUGAAUCCAUAAUUAGGGUAUGGGAACUCGAGACUGGGCUCGAAGUAUACCAGAUUUUAGAACCUCAUGGUUUCAAUACUGAAGUGACUUCUGCAGCUGUCGAUGAAAGUGGAUUUCUUUUUGCCACAGGAGCGUAUAACGGAACAGUCAGAAUCUGGGACUUUGGCAGUGGGCAGGAGAUGAAGGUGUUGCCGGAGGGGAAAGACUGGAAGGAGGACGAGCACUGCCUACGACGCCUCAUUUUCCUCAAAGCCCAAGAAAAACACCAGCAGCUGGUCCUGGCCUUGGAGCGCAACGGGACUAUCAAAAUGAUCCAGGGUAAGGAAGAUGAUAUCUACCUCAUGGUGAUCUGGGAGCUGCCUGAUGUUGUGCCUUUCCUACAAGAUGGGAAACAUGCUGUGCAUCUGAGAAUGUCUACUAGAGAUAGGAACAUGGCUAUUCCUUUCCCAGAUGUCGAGUUGAUAGUUGAGAGGAACUUUUCUCAACCUACUGAUAAUCCCACCAUGGAUUUAUUACGAGUGAACUGCAUUGAUUUACUACAAGUAGAAGGAUAUAAUUUGAUAGCAGCUGGAACCUUAAAUGGUGUGAUCAUCUUAUGGAAUUUUGUGACGUCUACUGUCAAAAAAGUGUACCGACCUGAAGAUUGCUUCACUGUAAACCCUGACUUGCAUCCCAAGCACUUUAAAAUUAAUGACAUACUGUUCCUCUUUCGUACCCCUGAAUGUGCAAGGAGAUCAAGUCAGGAUUCCAUAUGUUCUUCAUCCCAGUGUGAAUCCAGCAAAGGUCCACAGAGCAGUAAGGGAAGCAAGCAAAGCAUACAUGACAGUGAGGUUAAAGGUGAACAAACAGAUGUAAUGGUGGGAAAGCAACAGCCAAUGGACAAAAAACACCCUGGAAUUGCCAAUUUACCAGAAGUCCAGCCACCUAUCCUUGUCACUGCUCAUGAGGAUGGACACCUCCGCUUGUGGACUCUGGAGGGAAGACUACUGAAAGAUAUGCUACCUUUCACAAAACAUUCUGCCAUUUCUCUGACAUCGCUGUAUACUGAUUCAUGUACGAGGAUACUACUGGCUGGAAAUGUGGAAGGACAUGUUAUCCUUUGCAAUAUUAGCUCUUUCCUGGAUCCACCUCAUGAUGAAAAGAAAUUCAAGCAGCUGCUUUCCUGGCGUGCUCAUUCUUUGGAAAUUAUUCAAGUAAUCUAUGUAGAAGAAAAACAAGUGGUACUUACUGCCUCCAUCGAUGGCUCAGUAAGGCUCUGGCAUGCCCUCAAUGGACAUUAUUGUGGAUAUUUUGGACAGCGAAGGCUCUUUGAAUUAUCACAGACAAGGGAUUUCAUUUUGCCUUGUGAUGUUACUGAAUAUCCCAUAGAAAUAAAAGAAGAAAGCAAGUUCACAGAGAAGCAAAAAUAUGAAUAUCCUCUGAUAUUUGACCGGGAAAAAUGGAGAAAAACGAGCUCAAUGUCUCUACUUUUCAAACGCACACCUCCCAAGGCCUUUGAAGUGGAACAGGAUUUCGAGUUUUUCAAGUCUCUUUCUUCUCCUAAGAUUCGAAGAUAUCCCUUGGAAGGUUUUGUGACUGAAAACAGAGAGGCAGGGAUUGUUUUUGGCUCUCUGCCUAUAUACAGUAUAUCAAGCCCCACUAGUCUAAGAUUUCUUCCACUGAUUGGCAUAGAAGCCCAAAAGGACUCUUCAGAUGGCUUUACAGGAAAGAAGAAGGGAGGUCAUGUUCAACGUGAAAAAGCACCACAAAGAAGUUUGAAAAAAAAUUUAGUCCCACAAAUAAAUCUGGCUUCUUCCUUCUUCCCAGCUAUACCCAAGUAAGGAGAAAAAAUCAGAAAUGGCUGCUGCACAUACAAUGGCAACGUUUGGAUGAUACCUGCUCUUUAUUUCAGGAUGAGAGGGAGAAACCACCAGACACUAUCAGUCAUCUCUGGUGUCAGGCCAUCCUAUUGAUGGGAAAGAUUGCUUAGGGAGUUCUGGUGACCUCAACUCUGAAUACCAAGCAAGCAGCAAGCAGCCAGAAGUUUAGGCGGUGUUUCUUAUUUACUAUCAGCAAACUGACACAUAAGAAAACAAAUGAAAUCAACAGCAUUAGUAGGUCUAAAAUAAUACGGUUAUCAAUGUUUAGCUUUCCACUUCCUCCCAUUGGUCACCUUACUCCACAGCCAGAAUGACUGUCAGAACAUGUGCAGUAAAAGGCACUUUCAAGUCAUGCUAUGUGUUGUACAAAAAGAAUUAUUAAAAAGAAAAAUGUACCAGUCA